AUGGGUCAAAUCUUCAGUGAUACUGCAACCCACGAGCCAGUGCCUGAAGAGGUACGAGAGCGCAUUGAACCCAUCACGUACACCCCGGCCCCGUUAUCGGAACGACCGCAGGACGGCCGUGUCUGUGAGGGCUGCGGGGAGCCGUACAUGUGGUACUUCACGCCCAGCACGAACUGCGAUUGGUGUGGCCGGCAGCUCUGUAGGCGUUGUUGUCCAAACCGCCAUUUGUUAGGGGGAAAUCCAGGUUGUCCGGACUGCACACGGAAGGCGUUUAUUAUGAAACGAGAUGAGAUGCUUAAAGAACAUCUUGCCUGCAAGAAAACAACCAAUCAACCAGCGGCGGUUGACAUUUCAUAA